CUAUUAUUUGCCAUGUUUUACUGUUAGUUCAUUUAUUUGAUUUUGAAUAGUAUUCUUUAAUAAAUUUCAUUGUUUUGUCUUGUCUUUUUCUGGUUCUUCUGGGGCUAAAAAUCUCCGCUCUUUCUCUUAUUUCAUAAGAACCAUUUAUUAACAACACCCUUACAUUGGUCCUGACAAUGGUUUUUAUGACGAUCGAGCUUUGGUUUUAGUGCAUCCAAGUUUGAAAUAAUGUAUUUUUUUGUGGGUUUCCUCCCAAACACCUUUUUUUAAGUUGCUAUAAAUUGAGGUUUUCUUGGUUGGUCCAAGGAUGGAAACAAGGUUCAGAUAUGGUGAGUUUUAUAUCUCAAAACAGAAACAAUAAUAUUAGUGGAAUUUGCCUUCCUUGUUUUGUUUGUUUUUCUUUCUUGUUCCAAUUGCGGAAAAUCCUUGAAGGUUGAGAGAGAGAGAGAGAGAGAAAGAGGUGAGGGAAGAUGCCAGCAGUUUGGUUUGCUCUGAAGAGAUCACUGCAGUGUAGAUCAGAGCCGUCGGAUGUUCAUGAUCCAAAGGUCAAUAUUAAUGGUGACAUUGGCAACAUAUUGACAAAGAAAACAGGAAGGUCUGGUUGUUCAAGGUCUAUUUCAAAUCUCAAAGAUGUCAUCCAUGGAAGCAAGAGAUACAUGGAAAAGCCACCAAGUUGUAGCCCAAGAUCCAUUGGUAGCAGUGAAUUUCUCAACCCAAUAACCCAUGAAGUUGUCUUCAGUGAUUCAACUUGUGAAAUCAAAAUAACAGGUGUUGGUAGUGCUUUCCAAGAAAGUAAUGGUGGUGGUGGUGGUGGUUCUGGUGGAGGUGGAAAUGGGUCAACUUUUGUGGGUACACUGAGGCCUGGGACACCUGGUCCGGGGGAACACCAUGUGGUGGUGCACCAAAACAAGCAUAGGGUCUCAUCCACUACCCUUCAAAGAAAUACACCUAGGAGCUUUUCAAGGAGGGAAGGCUCAAGAUUCAAUGGUGUUCCUCCUCUAAACCCUAGGCCUUCUUGUGGAAAAGAUUCUCCUGGUUCCUUAUCUUUGACUUGCCAUAAAUGUGGUGAACAAUUCACUAAGUGGGAAGCUAUUGAAUCACAUCAUCUCUCCAAACAUGCCAUCACUGAACUUGUUGAAGGAGACUCGUCUAGGAAGAUAGUAGAGAUGAUUUGCCGAACUGAGUGGUCAAAAUCUGAAAAAAAUUGUGGGCACAUUGAGAGAAUCUUGAAAGUCCACAACAUGCAAAAAACAAUUGCUCAAUUUGAAGAAUACAGAGAAACGGUGAAAAUCAAAGCAAGCAAAUUGCAAAAGAAACAUCCUCGAUGCCUAGCUGAUGGGAACGAGCUCUUGAGGUUCCAUGGAACAACCAUUGAAUGUUCUCUUGGCAUCAACGGCUCAUCUAGCCUAUGCACAUCACAUAGAUGCAAAGUUUGUGAAAUUUUGAGACAUGGGUUUUCAUCCAAGAAGGAAAUCAAAGGUGGGAUUGGUGUUUUCACUACUUCUACGAGUGAAAAAGCAUUGGAAUCUAUCGAGUUACAUGAUGAUGAAAAUUCUUCACUUAAAAAGGCUCUGAUAGUAUGUAGAGUGAUUGCUGGGAGAGUCCAUAGGCCUUUGGAGAAUUUUCAAGACCUCACUAGCCAAUCCGGAUUUGACUCGUUGGCUGGAAAAAUGGGCCUCUAUGCAAAUAUUGAGGAACUCUUUUUGCUCAAUCCUAGAGCUCUCCUUCCUUGCUUUGUCGUAAUUUUCAAACCAUGAAAAUGAGGGGAAAAAAUGGUAAAUUACAUUAUUUGUCCCUUAGUUUGGGUGAAGUUUUUGAAUCAUACACUUUCAAUUUUGUUAUAAUAUAACCUCUCUAUCAUGUGUCGUCAACAUUUUGAACUGAAAAAAAUAUUUACAAAAUUAGAGGAAUGAAAGUGGAAUUUAAAACAAAUUACAUAUAGGGACCAGUAGUGUAAUUUAUUUAUUACACCAAUAGUCUCUAUAGUUUGUUUUGAAUUCUAUUUUGGUCCCUUUAGAUGAUCAUUUUUCUGUUCAUAAUUCUAAGUGAUGGGAGGACUACAUUUCAACAAAAUUAAAAGUGUAGGUUUCAUUGUUCAAGUUAAAACUACAUGAACUAAAUUGAUAUAUCACUUAAAUUAUAUGGACUAAGAAUGUAAGUUACU